AUUUCACACGCCGUCAGCGCUAUAUCUGUUCACGCAUGAUAGAUGGAUGACGAAAAGCUAGACGCCCUACUCGACGGCCAACAGGCCCUGCAGGACGAGGUGGUGGGCGCAGCCGAGGCGGCCGCGACUUACGCGGUGCUGCAGCGGCUGCAGGCCGGCCGCUUGCUCGUCAACACCUGCAACGCCUCCACCUCACAGCCGCUCAACCCGUCGCUGCAGCAUCUUGACCUGCUGCGCCUCUGCGAUUCCGUCCUCUCCGAGAUGCUGCGCGGCGGCGGCCGGCGGCGGGUGGAGGUGCCGCUGCCCACGGGCCUCGACGCGGCUGCCUGUGAGAAGGAGCUGGGGCCCUUCCUGGAGGGUCUGACCGGGCUGCGGAUGCAGGUGGAAGUGGCGGCGGGGGGCCGGGCGGUGACCGUAACGUACAGCAGCGGCUAGCUAGUGCGGAGUUAGGCUGUAGCACAAGGGGCAGCGUCGCACAGGAGUACAUGGCAGUAGCUGCGGCUGCGACAGUAGCAUCGGAGGCUGUAGCAGCAGACUCGUAGGCGGCUGUAGCAGCCCCGUUUGCGGCAGUAGCGACAGGCUCGUAGGCGGCGGGCGCGGGCGGGGGGGGGGGGCAGCAGCUGCGGUCCGGGGCCUGCUCGUAUGCCUGGUGUUGCCUGCUGUUCAAAGGAGUGCUGGCGGGUCUGUGCUGCGAGUUGAUGGGAUUACGGCAUGCACAGAUUGAGGCAACGAGAUAGGAGACACUUUCUGCAUUUUGUACCAUUGCUCUUGCCUGGGACUUGGGGCACGCAUGCACAGCCGCCCCCACGAUUCCACGAAGUUGCACUCCUGGUCAGCUAGCUGUGGGGCACGUGGGCUGGCCCCCUGACGAAUUGAAUAAUAAGAUUCAGAUCUGCAGGUGGGUUGGAGUGGCGGUGGGCAGGUGGGCGGUUGGUUGGAGUGGCGGUGUGCCGUGUGUACGACCCGCGCUUUGCUGUGUGCAGGUGUGUGCGUGGGGUUUGGGGGGAGUGAGUUGGAUAAAAAACGAACCGUACAAGGGCAAGGGCGCGGCCAGCCGGCAUAGCAGCAGGUAUCCAGGGCAUGCAUGGUGAAGCAGGGCUGGCAAUGUUUGAGGACGCGGACAAGCACGGGCAGCAACAGCAGCAAUGCAAGUGUAUGUCUGUGUGUGGGGCAGCGUAGGGUGGGGUUUGGGGCCGUCAGCGCAUCAGUUGCCAGGUCUGUCAGGCAGUGGUGAUGGCGGCAGGCGGUGGUGUGCAUGUUGUGUGCCGUAUGCAGCACACGCGGGGUGGCGGCAUUCGGAACUGAUUGUCUCAAAUCAUAUGUAAUGCAGCAAAGUG